UGGCGCCCGAGCAGGGACUAAUGCGUAAUUAAAAAGUUAAAACUAAAAUACAUUCAAAAAAUAUAGAACAAGUGCAUUAAUCAAUAUUUAAAACCAAUUACCUGCGCUAUUAAUAUCUUUCGAAUCUCGGUUUUCGGUGUUCGGCUUUCGGCGAAGUGAAAGUGGUGAACUAAUAUAAAAAAAAAUAUAUAACACUCGUGUUAUAGAUUUCAACAAAAUUUAAAAAAAGCUGAAAAAGCAAAAUAUAUACAAACAUAAAAGACAAAAAAGUUAUACGUACGUACAAGUAUGUACAUACAUAUAAGUAUAAAGUGAAGUGAGUGAAGUUUUAUGUACGACGGCAAAUCUUUAAAACAGAGAUUGAAAAUAAAUAAAGGAAGAAGAAACGUGUGCAGUGUAGUUGCUGAAAUGAAAAACAUAUAAAUACAUAUUAACAAAUUAAAGAGAGUGCAAGUGCAUAGUGAAAAAGAAACAAGCAACAAAAUACAUAGAAAUAUAUUGUGUGCAUAAGGAAGCGGUGGCUGUGUUAACACACCAACAGUGAGUUACAAAAAAUUUAUACCAAAGCGUUUGAGCAGUUUCGUGACAAAAUAAUAAUUAUUAAAGUGCCGGUCUAACGUUAAUGUAAAAAAAAAAAAAAACUGCUACAACCGUAAUUGCCACUAAGUGUCCGUUGUGUCAAAAGUGCCGUGUCCAGUGCCGCAAUAGAGGAAAACAUAACGUAACGUUUUCAUCUCCAGUACUGCUACAUCUCCAUCAACGUCUACAUCACUACCAACAUUGCCGCUGCGUCAACGCCAUCAUCUCCGCUGCUACGCUGCGUCAACGCUACCAUCAACCGCUGCUGCCAUCGUCGCCGCUGCCAUCAACCCGUCGCUGCUGCCAUCGUCGCUGCUAUCAUCAACCCGCUGCUGCCAUCAACGCCGCUGCCGUCGUGGGAAUGAGCUGCCGCUGCAUUCUGUGCAAAAGGGAAGUGAGCGCCGGCAAACAGCCGACGCACCAGGUUCAUUGGACGCCGAGGAAUCCCGACGAAGAUAUUCAGCGACAACGCCACCAAUUUCGUCGGCGCCGAUCGCAAGCUGCGCGAAUUGAAGGAGGCGUUUCUGGCAAUGGGUCCAGAACUGAAGAGAUUCGCAGCAGACGAAGGGUGCAGCUUCAUCUUUAUACCACCGCGGGCGCCGCACUUCGGCGGAUUAUGGGAAGCCGCGGUGAAGUCCGCCAAACACCACAUCGUUCGGGUAACCGGCAGCGCGCUACUCACAGCAGAGGAGUUAGCAACAGUGUUGGCCGAAGUGGAGGCCAUCCUCAACUCUCGCCCCCUAGUACCUCUGAGCCAAGAUCCCAACGACGGCGAGGCGUUAACACCAGCGCAUCUAUUAAUAGGAUGCUCCCUGCGGGCAUUACCCCAGAGAAGGUGCCAGUGGACCCAGUUCGUUGUUGCGAGAGAUGGCAACUUGUUUGCUGUCUCAAGCAACAGUUCUGGCGACAGUGGUCCAAAGUAUACCUGACGGGCCUUCAGGAGCGCAACAAGUGGCUGCACCCCAAACGCAAUAUGCAGCUCAACGACCUCGUUCUCGUCCACGAGGACAACGUGCCGCCGCAGCAGUGGGUACUAGGGCGCGUCGUCGCAACCGUCGAAGGGCAAGACGGCAAGGUGCGAGUCGCAGAAGUAGCAACCAAGACGGGCACGAUUAAGCGCCCCAUCCACAAACUGGCUGUCCUUCCACUGGAUAUUGAAGGAAUCUGAUCCUGUCAAGGUGGCCGGUGUUGCGUCAAGCGACAA